AUGCAGGCAUCUGUCUGGAAAGAUGUUGAACGCGCAUUUGGCAUCUUGCAAUCGAGGUUCGUCAUAAUUCGUGGUCCAGGCAGAAUGUGGAAUGAAAGCACACUGCACAACAUUAUGACCGCAUGUGUCAUAAUGCACAAUAUGAUCAUUGAGGACGAGAGGGACGGCAUCGAUGUGGAGGAGGUGUAUGACUAUAUGGGCGAGAAAGCGACAAUACGCCGCAAUCCUGACCAAGCUUUCGUGCAAUACAUAGAAGUCACUAAAGCAAUUCAGAACUGGGCAUUGCACCACCAACUCCGCGAUGAUCUCGUGGAGCACCUAUGGAGUUGUCAUGGAGCACAGUAG